GAAUACUGAUGAUUUCCAUUGCUGCACGCAUUUCCAUGAAAGCUGCUGCCUCACUAGCAGGAUUAUAAAUUCACCAUGUUUCUUCCUGCAGUACUCUCUGAAGAAGCCCAAUGCUGUGCUGUACAAGAAGAAGAACAUAACACGACCAUUUGAGGACUCAACAUCACUGGAAUUUUUCUCUAAGAAGACAGACUGUUCUCUGUUUCUAUUUGGCUCCCACAACAAGAAACGACCCAACAACCUUAUAUUUGGUCGCAUGUUUGACUUUCACCUGCUGGAUAUGGUUGAACUUGGAGUUGAGAAGUACGUUGCUCUGAGUGAGAUCAAGAACAGUAAAUGUCCUGAGGGGACCAAACCGAUGCUAGUGUUUGCAGGCGAGGCCUUUGAUACAGACAACGAACACAAACGUCUGAAGAGUCUGCUCAUAGACUUCUUCAGAGGUCCCACUGUGUCCGCUGUACGACUGGCAGGGUUGGAACACGUCCUGCACUUCACAGCCCUGGAUGGGAAGAUCUAUAUGCGCAGCUACAGGUAAAAUAGAUGUGCUCAAAAAUG